AUGCAGGAAAGCUCGCAGUUUCCUGUACAGGUCCAGCAGCCCGUACAGGCGAGACCCACGGACAGCUGGCUGCAGAAAUUCGCGGUCAAGCACAGCAUCAUCAUAUCGGAUGCCACCGGUCAGACCUUCGUACCUGUCACCAGUUUCACACACAAUCCAGAUUGGCUGAGCACGAUGUGGCUUGCCACGCGCAAGGACUACUUGGACCAGGACAUUUUCCACGUGGACGAAACGGGGUUGUUUUUCAGGCUCACUCCGGAGAAAACGAUGACAUGCCUGGGAGAGCAUUGCUUCGGCGGCAAGCUGGCGGGUGAGAGAGUCACCGUUGUGCUCGGCACGAACUUGACCGGCUCCGAGAAACGGCAUCUGCUGGUCGUGGGAAAGUGCUCUGAUCCACAGUUGCUCGCCAGCAUCGAGGGCUGGCCGCUGAAAUAUGCUUCCAACAACAAGUCUUGGAUGACCAAUGAGAUAUUCGAGUCGGAGCUCCGCGAUUGGGACUCCGAGCUGCAGCUGAAAAAUCGCCGCAUCCUCCUUUUGGUCGGCGACUGCUCCGCCCACCCACGCGUGUCCAACCUGAAGAACAUCAGGCUCGUCUACUUGCCGUAUCACGUGGCGUCCGUGAGGCAGCCGAUGGGACGCGGCAUCUUCCGCAGCUUCAAGACCCAGUACAGGAGAUUGCUGAUCCUGCAGCUGAUCGAUUGCUUCGAGAAGAACGCUGCAACCUCAAUCACGUUGAUCGAUGCUUUGCGGAUGCUUUAUAAAGCAUGGCUUCGUGUACCUGUGGAGAUGAUCAAGAACUGCUUUCUACAGACUGGUUUGAUGAAGUCGGGCAGUGAAGGGAGUGUCUUCGAAGAGUUCGAGGAUGAUAUACCUCUGUCUCUGUGGCUGAGUAACCACAGUUUCACCCAGUUUGAUGCAUGGAAAGAAACCAUUGAUUGGUACGUGGAAGCAGACAGCGAGCUGCAGACUUCGGAAGAACCCGAGGAGAAAGAUAUGAAGAUUGAAGAACCGGCAGCUGAAGGCUGA